AUGGCCCCAUCCCAAAGCUACUCCAACACCUCCGUCAUGGUAGGCGGGUACUGGCCCAUCCCCCUUCCUCCAGGCUACGCAGCAUGCACAACCAACUCGGACGACAUCACCGACGUGUGCUGCCUGCGCCUCCACGGCGCAGUGUACACGGCCAACACGUCGAUGCCAUACCUCCCGCCCAGCCAGCAGCCGAACAACACGCACCAGUGCCUCCUUAUCCCCCGCGACCCGGCGCUCUUCAAGCCCAACUUCACUGCGCAGGUCGAGUCGUGGGACGCGUGCGCGAACGAGAACAAGACCGUCACCAGUAUGAGCUGUAUGAACGGGGCUGGGCGCCGGGCGACGCUGGGCCUCGCUGCGCUCGUGUGGAUGGCUGUGGGCUGUGUCCUUGUUGUCUAG